AUGUUGACCGCACAACUCCACGGGACCAACAGUGGACAUCAAGACCCUUCGUGGUACGCUACUUACAACACCGUGCUCGCCUUCGGGUGUCGAAUCACAUUGGCCAAAACGCUAUCAUACUCAAAGACUGUUGAAGCAUCGAUGGCCUUCUUUGAAAAUGCUCUGUCUGUGCAGUCGGACAUUCUGCAAUGCCGCUCUUCGAUCAUCAGUGUUCGAGCGCUGACUUUAAUGGCCUACUAUACUGAAGCAAUCGGGAGUCCUCACUUGGAAUACAUUUUGGCAUCGAACGCUAUGCGUCUAGCCAUUUCGAAAGGAUUGCAUCGACAACCUGCCACAUCGUGGAACAUAUCGGAACAAGACACUCGCCAGCGGAACCGCCUCUUCUGGAACAUAUAUGCUCUGGAUCGACAGAUUUCCCAUCGUUCAGGACGGCCGCCGGCAAUCGAUGAUGAUGACAUCAGUUGUCAGGUGCCCAACACUUUAUCGCCUGGUGAAAAUAUCAAUAUCCCAUUCACAACGAUAUGCGUGAAACUCCACCAGAUCCUUUCCCAUGCGUAUAAGCGGUUGUCCACUGCCAGGGCACUGCAGCAGUCCACAGCAGAAUUGCUCAAGGCAGUGACUGAGCUCGACCAGGAGCUCGUCACAUUCAAGCAAUCCAUCGAGCAUCUUAUUACCCUGGACGAGCCGUUGGACGAGCAGCGCGUCUUAGCGACCAUGCCAACGUUUCAACUCCUUAUGCUCCACUUUUUGUACUAUGGGCUAUUGUUUGAGAUUCACGGCCCUCUCAUGUUGCCUUGGUUCGACUGCACGAUGAUCAAGCAGCUGGAAUCUUUUCGGUCCCAGGUGGAUCGUUCGUGCGCCCUUGUGGCCAAGACUGCACGGGCGGCGAUCUUGGCGACCAGACUGGUCCGCCUUGACGCGAAUUGUCCGGUAUUAGAUCCAACCUCAGAGACAGUCCAGUCUGAUCUUAAAUUGAUGGAGAUAGCGGCAGGGUACGGCUCCCGGGUAGAAUUCGAGAGUGAUGGCUCGAUAUCCUGCACGUUCAUUCGGGAGUUCACCCACUUUGCCUAUACUGCGGUCGAUCGAGCAAAGCUGCAUCUGUCGCAUCAUGGUGUCCCAGAUCCCGAGUCAGCUGAUGUGGGUGGAGUACCUGUCGAUGGUGGGGAGUCUCUGAUGGAUGUUGAUCUAUCUUCGUACGAUCAACAAUACUUCCGAGAGGUAAGCCACCUACCGUGCACCGCAAUUGGUGUUCCAACCAAGUUCAGCGUAUAA